AUGGUUCAGAUCAAAGCUUUCGAGGUAGAAGAGUGGAUGGAUCGUCUGGAGACAACGCCAGGUGCUCUCAACAUUGCCGAAACAUGCUGCGAGUCUGUAUCAAUCAAGGAGUUGACAGAGUUGUCGAGCGACAAGUCGGCUGCCGAGAAGACGCGCCAGCAGAUCGCCAACUUAUACGAGAACGACAUCUCGGGCUCACUUCCUAAUGAUCAAGUCAUCAUUACGCAGGGAGCUAUUGUCGCCAACUUCCUCACUCUGUACACGCUCGUCGGCGCGAAUGACCAUGUCAUCUGUGUACACCCCACCUACCAACAGCUGUACGAAGUCCCCAAGAGCUUGGGCGCUGAAGUGAGCCUUUGGAAAUUGAGUCAAUAA